ACUUUGCUGCCUUUCAAGAGGGAGGAAGAGGGCCGUGAGCUGGGGAUGCAGUGGCCUCUAGAAGCUGGAAAGGGCGAGGAAAAGAAUUCUUCCCUGGAGCUUCCAGAAAGGAGCCCAGCCCUGCCAACACCAUGAUCUUAGCUAGUGAGACCCAUAUCGGCCUUCUGAACCAUGGAACUGUCAGUGGGAACAGUGAACCAUGGAGCUGUAUUUUGGUGAAUAUCAACAUGUGCAGCAGGAAUACGGCGUCCAUCUGAGACUUGCAAGUGAUGAAAGCAAAAAACCAAGGAAUUCCCAGCACGCUAAGACAGGCUCCUACGGGGUCAGUAUUCGGGUACAGGGGAUCGACGGCCACCCCUACAUAGUCCUCAAUAACACAGAGCGGUGUCUGGCAGGCGCAUCUCUUUCCGAAAACGGGCCUUCAUUUCCACCUCCAAUGAUAAACAACCUGCCUCUCCAUUCCAACAACGGGUCUGUGCUGGAGGAGAACAGUGCAGAAGAACUGCAGCUCCCAGAAAACCCAUACGCCCAACCCAGCCCAGUAAGAAACCUGAAACAAUCCUCUCUCUUGGAGGGCAAGAAUGGAGUUCUGGAACGCAAAGAGCAGCUAGUGAAGCCCUCUCCGGUGCUAAACUUUCAGAGGCAUCCAGAGCUUUUACAGCCCUAUGAUCCUGAAAAGAAUGAGUGGCACUUACAAAAUCACCAGCCUCCUGAGAGUAGUUGGCUAAAAGCUUUAACGGAAGAAGGGACCAACAAUAAAAAGGCUUGGACUUGCUUGUCCAAACCUAGCCGGCUGCAGCCGACCAGCCCUCCCUUGGAAGACCCAGCCAAAUCCAGCGUGACGGCCAUUCGACUGUGCAGCUCUGUGGUCAUCGAUGACCCCAAGAAGCAGACCUCGGUGUGCGUGAAUGUGCAGAGCUGCAGCAAGGAGGUAGAGGAGGCCCUUUCCCCUGGCGGGAGGCCUCUACCCACCCACGGCCCGCACACCCACCCGGAAGCCAAGAAAACCAGGCCUGACGUGCUCCCCUUCCGGCGCCAGGACUCGGCAGGACCCGUCCUGGAUGGAGCCCGGUCCCGGAGAUCGUCCUCCUCAUCCACAACUCCCACUUCGGCCAACUCUUUGUACAGAUUUUUACUCGACGAUCAGGAAUGUGCCAUCCAUGCCGACAAUGUGAAUCGUCAUGAAAACAGAAGGUAUAUCCCCUUCUUGCCCGGAACUGGGCGGGAUAUUGAUACGGGGUCGAUUCCUGGUGUCGAUCAGUUGAUUGAAAAAUUUGACCAAAAAUCUGGGCUGCAGAGAAGAGGCAGGUCUGGGAAGCGAAACAGGAUCAACCCAGAAGACCGGAAGAGGUCCCGCAGCGUGGAUAGUGCCUUUCCUUUCGGUCUCCAAGGGAACUCAGAGUACCUCAGUGAAUUCAGCCGGAACCUGGGCAAGUCCACCGAGCACCUGUUGCGCCCUUCGCAAGUGUGUCCUCCCAGGGCGCAGGCGCAGGAGCAGCGGGGGAAGCAGGGUAUGGGCCGCGCCUUCGCUCGGCUGCAGGGGGCCCAGCCCGGGCUGUCCCCACAGAACAAAGAUGGACAAGUUCCAGAAAACAGAGGUGGUCCGGAAAGUCCGACUGUGCGCACAUCCUCCCUCCCAGCACAGAAUAAGAAGGAGGAGGAAAUCAAAACAGCCACUGCCACGUUGAUGUUACAGAGUCGGCCGCUGGCAACUUCCCCUGAUUCAGGUACCAAGAGGAUUUCGGUGAAGACAUUUACUUCUGCCUCAAAUACUCAGGCCACACCGGAUCUGUUAAAAGGUCAGCAAGAGCUCACUCAGCAAACCAAUGAGGAGACGGCCAAGCAGAUACUUUACAAUUACCUCAAAGAAGGAAGCACCGAUAAUGAUGAUGCUACUAAGAGGAAGGUCAACUUGGUCUUUGAGAAAAUCCAGACUUUGAAGUCUCGAGCAGCAGGGAGUACACAAGGAAAUAAUCAAGCUUCUAAUUCUUCAUCUGAAGUCAAAGAUCUCUUAGAACAGAAAAAUAAGUUGACCUCAGAAGUGGCUGAACUUCAGAGACAGCUUCAACUAGAAGUCAAGAAUCAACAGAACAUCAGAGAAGAGAGAGAGAGAAUGAAAGCAAACUUAGAAGCGCUCCAAAGCCAACACAAAGGCAAGGUGGAAGAGAAUGCCGAGCUGCAGCGACGGCUGGAGGAAAGUGAAGGCGAGCUCCGGAGACAGCUGGAGGAGCUCUUCCAGGUGAAGAUGGAACGGGAACAGCACCAGACUGAGAUCCGGGAUCUCCAGGACCAGCUCUCAGAAAUGCAUGAUGAAUUGGACAGUGCUAAACGAUCUGAGGACAGAGAGAAGGGGGCUCUGAUUGAAGAGCUGUUACAGGCAAAGCAGGACCUGCAGGAUCUGCUCAUUGCCAAGGAGGAGCAGGAAGACCUCUUGAGAAAGCGGGAGCGUGAACUCACCGCCUUGAAGGGGGCCCUGAAGGAAGAAGUUUCCAGCCACGACCUGGAGAUGGACAAGCUGAAGGAGCAGUAUGACGCCGAGCUGCAAGCCCUGCGGGAGAGCGUGGAGGAGGCCACCAAGAACGUUGAGGUCCUGGCCAGUCGGAGCAGUACCGCUGAGCAAACCCAGGUGGGGGCCGAGAUGCAUGUGAAGGCUCUGCAGGAGGAGAACCAGAAGCUUCGGGCAAGCAUUGAAGAGCUGGAGUGCACCGUAGCUCGGCUUCAGAGGCAGGUAGCUGACCUGCAAGGCGAUGAGGCUAAAGCAAAGGAAAUGCUCAAGAAAUUCGAGGGAGAAAAUCGGCAAUUAGAGGAGGCCCUUGUGCGUGCAAGAAAGGAAGAAAAAGAAGCCACAUCAGCCAGAAGGACCCUGGAGAGUGAGCUGGAAGAUGCCCAGAGAAAUCUGAGUCGGGCUACCCAGGAGCAGAAGCAGAUGUCUGAGAAGCUCAAAGACGAGGCUGAGCAGAAGGAACAGUUAAGAAGACUGAAGAAUGAAAUGGAGAAUGAGAGAUGGCACCUUGACAAGACCAUUGAGAAACUGCAGAAGGAGAUGGCUGAUAUUGUCGAGGUGUCCCGCACAUCAACACUGGAGCUCCAGAACCAGCUGGAUGAGUACAAAGAGAAAAAUCGCAGGGAGCUUGCAGAAAUGCAAAGGCAGUUGAAAGAGAAAACUCUGGAGGCUGAAAAGUCCCGUCUGAAUGCCGUGAAAAUGCAGGAUGAGAUGCGCCUGCUGGAGGAAGAGUUACGGGACUACCAGAGAGCUCAGGAGGAGGCACUCACGAAAAGGCAGCUUUUGGAGCAGACCCUGAAGGACCUGGAGUAUGAGCUGGAGGCCAAGAGUCACCUCAAGGAUGACCGAGGCAGACUCGUCAAGCAGAUGGAGGACAAGAUGUCUCAACUUGAGUUAGAGCUGGAUGAAGAAAGGAACAACUCAGAUUUGCUGUCUGAGAGGAUCGCUCGCAGCAGGGAACAGAUGGAGCAGAUGCGGAACGAGCUGCUUCAGGAGAGAGCUGCGCGUCAGGACUUGGAAUGUGACAAGAUUUCCCUGGAGAGACAGACCAAGGACUUAAAAAGCCGGAUUAUCCACCUAGAAGGUUCCUACAGGUCCAGCAAAGAGGGGCUGGUGGUGCAGAUGGAGGCCAGGAUUGCAGAGCUGGAGGACCGUCUGGAGAGCGAGGAGAGGGACCGGGCCAGCCUCCAGCUCAGCAACCGCCGGCUGGAGCGGAAGGUGAAGGAGCUGGUAAUGCAGGUGGAUGAUGAGCACCUGUCACUGACAGAUCAGAAGGACCAGCUGAGCUUGCGCUUGAAGGCAAUGAAGCGCCAGGUGGAGGAGGCUGAGGAGGAAAUCGACAGGCUGGAAAGUUCUAAAAAGAAGCUGCAGAGGGAGCUGGAGGAGCAGAUGGACGUGAAUGAGCAGCUGCAGGGGCAGCUCAAUUCCAUGAAGAAGGACUUAAGACUUAAGAAGCUGCCAAGCAAAGUGCUGGAUGACGUGGACGAUGAUGACGACCUCAGCACAGACGGGGGCAGCCUCUACGAGGCACCGCUGAGCUACACUUACCCCAAGGACAGCACUCUUGCCAGCCAGAUCUGAGCCCACUUCCUGGAUCCACAGCGGGAGGCCGGAAAGGAGCCCUGUCACCUCCUCUCACAGAGCAGGCAAUUCCUUCCUCCCCUUGCAUCGUGGCCUCCUCUCUGUGGCAGCACAGCUCUGGUAGCUUAGACUUAGCCAUUGCAGUGUAUGCGCUGAGCCGCCUGCGGCCUGGGAGCCAUCCCCCGGCAGCCUGGUAGAGGGUGCUCCUGUCCUGCCCAGCUGUCCACCAGCACCAUUGGCGCUGCUGCUCAUCCCCCCGCCGCCCUCCCCCUGUUGAGAAAAAGGGUCCAAAUCUAGUUCCUUUUUAACAGCCAUUGUGCGGGGGAGGGGGGAAUGGUGUAUAGGCUGUACAUAUUUUAAAUCAGACCUUCUCAUGGACUGCUGCUGUUCCAUUUGGGAAUGUUCCAAAGGCUUCUUGGGGUAGCUUGUUUGUAAAGUUCGCACAUCUCUACUGAGUAUUAUUUUUCAAAAUAUGAAGUUAUACUAGAUUUUUAAGUAUUGCAGAGCAGAGGCAAGAGGAAGAGGGAGAUGCUAGACUAAAGGCCCCUCAGGAUAUCAGAGUUGGAAAAAAGGAAUCCUUGUGGUGAUAAGGAAGAGUUAAUCCCGAGAAGAGAAAUUCAAGUGGUCUUUGUCCCAGCUUGCUGAUGAAGAGAGGGAAAGUUGUCAGAGAUCACUUGAACCUGCGGCCUUGGUGGCUUAUUUCACUUAGAUUUUUGGUAAAGUAUCUAAGCUACACUGAGACCAAUUCCAGUCACCAGUUGCGAUUUCUUUUACACCAGUGGUGUUGGGAGACAUGCAUGUAGGGGUUUUGACAGAGGAUGUGUUUUUUGGGAGGAUGGCACCCUCCCGUCAGGUGUUACUGGUCCCUUCCUCCUGCCCCCCGCCCCCAGCAGGCCUCUGAACUGUGCCCUCUCAGCCCCUGGAUGGGGUGCUUGCUGGGUGGGAAAUGGGAGGGUUUGGGGACAAGGUUCAUGGACUUGGGCUUGAGGAAGAGGCGGGUCCGCAUGAUAAGGUCGUGGGAACUGGAAGAGAGGAGAUGGGAUAAGCAUGUGGGUGUGGGUGUGGGUGGAUGAGGGAGGCGGAAGAGAAGUUCUCGAAAGCUGGGGAAGGUGUGGACAGGAGGGGGAGGAGCAGGAUCUCAGGUGUAUGUCGGAAAGGGGAAGGGAGAAGUACAAGACAGAGGCAUGUCUGUACCAACUGGAAGAAUCCUUUCUACUUCCCCAGACAGGGGACAGUGGGUGGGACCGGGCAGGAAGUGACUGGGACUGGGUGAUAUCCGGGCAAGGCCCCGCCCCCGGGAUGGCAUUUCAGGAGGGCAUUGGGAGGAUGCAGGGUAUCCUGGCACAUCCAGCCUUCCUGGUGUCCCUGUCACUGUAAGGGUCCCCAGGCAGGUCCAGAGGCCAGGUCUGGUCACCUGGACGAGGGUGUGCAGUGGGCAGUUGAGAGGGCUCACCAUGGCCCAGGAGAGAGAGAACCCUGUGAGCCGAGUGUGUGUGUCCAGCAGCCUCAGCAGGGUCCCCAUACAUCCUGGUAGAUGAGAGGCCUGUGACCCAAGUGCUCUGUGACAGCUGUCAUGGGGAGUGGGGAAUCUCAGCGCCCUGCUUCACCAGGUCACAGAGCCUACCCAGCAGGUUCAGGGUGAAGAGGCCCAUUUAAGGGUGGGUGUCAUCGCCCCCUGUGGGGGAGGCAUCUGAGCCAGGCCCUUCUCUCCCUCCGCUGGGUGGAGGGCUUCUUGCCUCUGCGUACUUCCUUGGACUGUGGAGAUUCCUCCCUUUAGCCAUUCAUUCAUUUAGCAAGUAUUUAUUGGACCUUCGACGAUGUCCCAGUCUUUGGCACUGGGAACACAGCCGUGAAUAAAGUGGAUCAAAGUCCCUCCCUUCCUGGAGCACUGUUGGGGGCAACCAUGUGAUAGACAACAGUCCCACAGACGGAUGUAGAGGCUGAGCCCCUCCGGACCCAGCCCUGGAGCCCCUCUGUCCUCUCGGGGACACGGCGAGCCUCACUGGAACUCCCAGGGGUUCUCUGACCCUCAUAGGUUCUUGAGUUCGCCACUACUUCCACCACCGUGAGAUAUUUGCCAAGAUGCCCGCCUAGCCAUGCCUCUGCUGGCUCAGAACUGUGGAUCCGAGAGGGGAAAGCAGGUGCCCAACAACUUUGGAGUGAGGAAGAGUCUGUCUGGGUUGAUGAGAAGUUCACUGCCUCUCGUUCUGGCUGAUUGCUUCUGGUAGCCAUGAAGCAAGCUGCAAGAAACAAACUGCCACUACAGAGGGAACGGCGCUCAUCGUUCAGAAGACCUGCAUCCUUGCCCUAAAGCCGUUGUUUCACAUGUUAGCAAAUGCACCCUCUUUUGUGGUAACGGCGCUGGUGGUGAGCUGGAUGCAUGUAGUGUAAUGGGGCGGGAGGAACAGUGGACUGGGAGUUAAGAGACAUUUUCCCAGCUCAUCUUACCCCAGGACCUUGAGAGGCAUGCCCUCCGAGUAGCAGAUUAUAUGGAAUGAUUCAAGACCAGGGCCCAUGGUCCUUGCCAGCUCUGACAAUCUGUCCUUCUUUGAUUUUAUUAUGUACACAUAUUUUUUUUCUGUUUAUUGUUUUAAGAACUAACCCUACUUGAGAGUAUUUUCUUUAGCUAGCUUAAAAAGAAAAAAAAAAAGUACUUUAUUUAAUAAACAAGUAUACGGCCAAAUGCAGUGCUUUGGAGACAAUCAUCAUAAUAGCUUUGUAAUUUUUUUUCUGAAUGUCAUCUGACAGCGCCAAUAGGCUUAUUCUGUUGGGUUUGUGCUUUCAAGUAUGGUUUGAUUGCCUUGGUUUGUCAUGGGGGAGAGACAUUGUUGGGCAGCUACCUCCGUGUAAGUGAACUCUGGAGAAAGCGAGCUUGCCUUUCAAUAAACUUGAUCACCCAACAGGAAUCUCAA